UUGGUUUUUCGUUUUGACAGUGUGCUGUGUUUAUUUUGAUUUUGUCCCAUUACACCGCUAUUACACCAGUACAAAGUUGAUUCUCGGCUCUAUUCUACAAUCUUCGGCUAAUUUCAAUCAAAUUUACUGACGUCUAGUCUGCACAAUGUUAUCGUUCUUUCGAAAGAAAUCGUUGGACGACAAUAAUCAUUCAGCUGAUCAAACGGUUCCCAGCAGUUCGAGUAGAAGCAAUUCGCUGUGCGAUAAUAUGCAAUUUAAAGAUUCGGAAGCGCUGGUCCGCGAAUUAGGCUACAACAACUUAACAGAGCUAAAGGAAACGGUUUACGAUAUGCUGCGAACAAUCAGAGAUCCGGAAAAACCAUCAACAUUAGAAGACUUGAAUGUGGUCUACGAGGAAGGAAUAUUUAUUCAGAAACCGACUAGCAAUAACGUUACAGUGAUUCGCGUCGAAUUUAAUCCAACAGUUCCACACUGCUCAUUGGCCACAUUGAUAGGACUAUGUAUUCGCGUUAAAAUCGAAAGGAAUAUAUCGCACAAAUUGAAAUUGGAUAUUUACAUCAAAAAAGGGGCUCAUGCAACUGAAGACGAAAUCAAUAAACAGAUAAAUGACAAAGAACGAAUAGCGGCUGCGCUAGAAAAUCCAAAUCUGAAGAAUUUGGUUGAAGACUGCAUCAGGGAGGAAAACUAAAUUUCGCUGAUGUUCGUCCAUUUGGUUUUGCUGCAUUAGAAUUAAGUAAUUUUUCGAAAAUAAUCUUUGUGAAAGGAAUGCUGGGGUCAAUUUAAUUGCGGUCAUAAAAAGUCUUUUCUAAAAACGAAAGUUGUGCAGUUUCUGUUUAUCAAAAAA